AUGGGCACCUCACGGACUCUGCUGCUUCUGGCCUUCCAAGCAGGGCUCCUCGCCAUCCUGCCCACCUCCAGAUCUCAGCAACCAUUAGCCUUCUCCUCAGACUCAGUGGGCUCCUCCCAGGACUUGGGUUUGAAGGUCUCCUCCACCCAGCCCCCAAACUGGAACUUUCCAGAUCAGCCUCCAGAUUCAAAAGCAUCUGCUGGAAUCUCUGAUUCCAACCAGUUUCCGGAGGAGCCAAAGUCAAGCCAUGUGUCUGGGCCCCUCUGGACCAAUGUGUCUUUUGGGGAACAGCGUCUGAACCCUGCUCUCUCCUCUGAAAUCCCUGCCUCCAAAGUGUUUCCGGAUGACUUGGAUUCUCCAGUUCCUGCCCGAGACCCUGGGCCUCCCUUCUCUGCCAGGACCCCACCUUCACACAUUUCCACUCGAGUCCCAGUUACUAAAGUACCCACAAAGGCUCCGGGUUCAAAGCUACCUCCGGAGAAUCACAACCUGGAAUUUUCUGCCCAGGGCCCUGAAUCCAAAGUUUCUUUUGAGACUCACCAAGCUGCAAACUUCCCCCAGCAGGUGGGGGGACCCCUGGCUGUGCUAGUGGGAACCACCAUCCGGCUCCCCCUGACUCCAGUCCCCAGUCUUGGCCCUCCUGCCCCUCUGGUAGUCUGGCGGAGGGGCUCCAAGGUGUUGGCAGCUGGGGGCCUGGGGCCAGGGGCUCCAUUGAUCAGUCUGGACCCAGUGAACCAAGCCCGCCUGCGAUUUGAUCAGACCCGAGGGAGUCUGGAACUCAUCUCCGCCCGGCUGGAUGAUGGAGGGAUCUACACGGUUGAGAUCAUCCGGGGAGGAGUGUCCCAGCAGAUUCGGGAGUUCACGGUGGGUGUGUAUGACCCCCUACCCCAGCUGUCGGUGCAGCCCAAGGCUCCAGAGACAGAGGAGGGGGCGGCAGAGCUGCGGCUGCGGUGCGUGGGGUGGAAUCCGGGUAGCGGAGAGCUGAGCUGGAGCAGGGACGGCCGUGCCCUGGAGGGCCCGGACCUUGGCGCACAGCCACCUCGAGUCCGCGUCCAAGGGGAUCAGCUGCUCAUCUUGCGUCCUGCACGCGGCGAUCAAGCCCGGUACACCUGCCGCGUCCGCAGCCCCUUCGGCCACAGCGAGGCUGCAGCGGACGUCAGCGUCUUCUACGGCCCGGACCCGCCGGUCAUCAGGGUGUCCUCGGAUCGUGACGCCGACCCUGCGCUCUACGUCACCGCGGGCAGCAACGUGACGUUGCAGUGCAGCGCCCCCUCGCGGCCGCCGGCCGACAUCGCCUGGAGCCUGGCGGACCCCGCCGAGGUCGCAGUGCCCGCAGGGCCGCGCCUUCUGCUGCCUGCCGUGGGUCCGGGCCACGCGGGCGCCUACGCUUGCCUCGCCGCCAACCCGCGCACCGGACGCCGGCGCCGCUCGGUGCUAGACCUCACCGUGGCGGAUUUGCCCCCCGGGUCCCCACAGUGCUCCGUGGAGGGGGGUCCCGCGGACCGCAGCCUCCGCUUCCGCUGCUCGUGGCCCGGGGGGAGCCCUGCCGCCUCCCUGCGGUUCCAGGGUCUCCCGGAAGGCGUGCGCGCAGGCCCGGUGCCCUCUGCUCUCCAGGUGGCCGUCCCUGCUCGCCCUGAGCUCAGCGGAGUCUCUGUCACCUGCCUGGCCCAACACCUGGUGGCCACACGCACCUGCACGGUCACCCUAGAACCGCCCCGGGAGGUGCUGCUCCACCCGCUGGUGGAGGAGACACAACCAGGGGAGGUGGAGGUGGUGCUGGAGGCUGCUGGCUGUCCUCCUCCCUCAAGAGCAUCCUGGGCCCGGGAAGGGCGGCCCCUGGCUCCAGGAGGUGGAGGUCGGCUUCGGCUUAGCCAGGAUGGUCGGAAGCUGGUCAUCAGUAACUUCAGCCUGGACUGGGACCUGGGCAACUAUUCUGUGCUGUGCAGUGGUGCACUGGGUGCUGGGGGCAACCAAAUUGCCCUCACCGGACCUUCAAUUUCCUCCUGGAGGCUGCAGAGAGCCCGAGAUACUGUGGUGCUCACCUGGGAUGUGGAGCGUGGCACUCUCCUCACUGGCUUUCAUAUCCAGGCACGGACAGACAACUCUGACCUGGGCAGAGUCUCCAUGAGCAGAGACUGGGUCUCCCUCCUCAUCCUCGGCCCUCAGGAACGGUCAGCCGUGGUGCCCCUCCCUCCCGGGAAUGCUGGGACCUGGGCCUUUCGCAUCCUGCCCAUCCUGGGGUCCCUGCCAGGGACUCCAUCCCAAAGCCGGGUCUACCAGGCAGGGUCUGCCCUGAGCCCCGGAGCCAUCGCUGGCAUCGUCCUUGGCUCCCUGCUGGGCUUGGUGCUGCUGGCUGGCCUUCUCCUCCUGUGUAUCUGCUGCCUGAGGCAGUUCCCUGGAAGGACUUUUGAGAAAAAGCAGCUUCCCCUAACCUUGGCUCCUAUGGUCACCAUGCCAGGAAAGAAGAUGCAGAGCCUGACCCCUGUGCAAACCCCACACCCGCUGCCCAUCAAAAGCCAGCUACAGAAACCAAGUCUGUCCAAGGCCCAACAAGUCAUCAGCCCCAGUCCAGGUGGGGGCCAACGAGCUGUUCGGACAGCCACUCAGGUGUGACCAGAGCUGGUGGCCCACUCUGUGCGAGGUGUUUUGGGGUGAAACUUUCUGUUUUGUUCCAGAAGCACACAGGGCCUGCUGUGAUGAAGGGCUGGACCCUGAGGGUGGGACUUCGGGUCUCACACUUGUGUCAGAAGAAGCUGGUAUGCUGUUUACAUACCUGAGGCCCUCAAUGUGACUCCGGGGUCUAGAAAAACCACUGACCUCAGUGUCUUCAACAUGCAGGGUUUGCUCAGACCUAGAGGGGAGCCUGGCCACAACCUCUAAAAAGGUCUCCUACCCUCUCCUGCUUCCUCCAGGCCACACCCCUCCACUUCCAGACUCUACCUACAAACACAUCAGACCGUGCCUGUACCCAAACCCCACUCCCCACCUCCUGUCUCAGACUCCCCGGCUGGUCUUGAACUCAUGAUUUUCCUGCCUCAGUCUCCCAAGCGCUUAGAUUACAGAUU